AUGAGUCUGGUGAUCCUGAUGACUCCGUACGACGUCAGCGAUAGCCCCUCGCGCAAGGCUGCGUCGCUGGUGCUGGUGUUGAAAUCGCUCAAUGUUCCUGUGGCCUUACUCCAACACAAACUCAAGAUUCUAGCCGGUGCCGUGUUGAUGGUGUUGCUCACGGUGCUCCGGAUGACCGCCAGCAGCGGCGACGCCUUGUAUCUGCCCAGCUUCUCCGCGUUCCCGUCGGUGCGCUUCUAUGACUUGGCCAACUACGUGGGAAGCGAGGAUGGCUGGCAGAGAGAGGAGAGGGUGUUGUUCUGCGUGCCCUUGCGUGACGCCGCCAUGCACUUGCCCAUGUUUUUCAGCCAUAUGAAGAACUUGACGUAUCCGCACGAGUUGAUCGACUUGGCGUUCUUGGUCAGUGACUCCAGCGACGAUACCAUGGGCGAGUUGAAGCGCCACUUGAAGGAGGUCCAGACGGACCCCAACCCCGCCAUGCCCUUUGGUGAAAUUGAAAUUUUCGAGAAGGAUUUCGGCCAGAUCAUUGGUCAGUCGUUUUCGGACAGACACGGAUUCGCUGCCCAGGGUCCCAGAAGAAAGUUGAUGGCUCGCGCCAGAAACUGGUUGUGGACGGUCGCCAUUAAGCCGCAUCACUCUUGGGUCUACUGGAGAGACGCCGAUGUGGAGACUGUCCCGGCCACCAUCAUGGAGGACUUGAUGCACCACGACAAGGAUGUCAUCGUGCCUAACGUGUGGAGACCAUUACCCGACUGGCUUGGGAACCAACAACCCUACGAUUUGAACUCGUGGCAAGAGUCCGAGGGUGGCUUGCAAUUGGCUGACACUCUUGAUGAAGAUGCUUGUAUUGUUGAAGGUUACGUGGAGUACCAGACAUGGAGACCCCAUCUUGCGUACUUGAGAGACCCAUACGGAGACCCCGAGGUUGAGAUGGACCUUGAUGGAAUUGGAGGUGUUUCGAUUUUGAGUAAAGCGCGUGUGUUCCGCACUGGUUCGCAUUUCCCAGCCUUUUCGUUCGAAAAGCACGCCGAGACAGAGGCCUUUGGAAAGUUGAGUAAAAGAAUGGGCUACUCGGUGGUCGGCUUGCCCCACUAUGUGAUUUGGCAUAUCUACGAGCCAUCGUCGGAUGACUUGAAGUACAUGGAGAGAAUGGCCUUGGAAGAGGUGAGAAGAAUCGAGCACGACAAGAUCAUGAAGGUCUACGGUGCUGUGUGGGAGAAGGGCUUCGAGGGCAAACAGCCGGAAUGGUCUCGAGAGAAGAACCAACUCUUGAAGAACACAGAGUUGAACAGAUUGAUCAAUGUCGAUUGGUCCGGUGCCGAUCUGAUGUACCUUGACGACGAAAGCAAUGUCAAGGAGCUUGCGGACUUCCAUCCAUAA